AUGGCGAGAGGAAGGACACUGGUCACCACGUUGCCCCUCAUAGCGCUCAUUGGGCUUUGGUUCUGGUCGGGCGUCAGACUCACAGGCUACGAUUAUGCGGGCAUAGAAUUCAAUGUCGGCCAGUCGCGCUCGAGCUCAGGUACCUUCUCCUGGAACUCGAUCAUACCCAGCAAAGACCUUCUCUGGCAUGACUGUUACCCUGGUCUUCAGUGCGCUCGAUUGGAAGUUCCUCUGGACUACUCAGAUCCAGAAGGUGCUCAGGCAGCCAUUGCGAUUGCUCGCAGACGUGCAUGGCUUCCUCCGACCUCAAGGUUCUACAGGGGUCCUAUCUUGUUGAACCCAGGUGGACCUGGAGGGAGUGGAGUUGAUUUCCUCCGUAUUCUCGGUCAGGCGCUGAGUAUUGUCAUUGGUCCACAGUUCGACAUUGUAGCGUUUGACCCGAGAGGGGUCGCCCGUUCUACUCCUCGCGCAUCGUUCUUCUCCACCGACGCUGAGCGAGCAUUCUUCACCGAUUCCCGUCUUGGACAUGCUGCGAUCAAGAAUGAUACGAUUGAAGGCAUUGCGAGGACGUGGGCUGCAGGUCACGUCAUUGGAAAAUUGGCGGCUGCGCAUAAUGAAGAUGAUUACCUUCAGCACAUCAACACCCCUAACACUGCUCGCGAUAUGCUUCGGAUUGCGGAGAAGUACGGGAGGGAGAAGUUGCAGUAUUGGGGAUUCUCGUAUGGGAGUGUCCUUGGUGCGACCUUCGCGACGAUGUUCCCUGAUAAGAUUGAACGUAUGAUCAUCGACGGCGUCAUGGAUGCAGAGGACUAUUAUGCCACCGGAUGGAAGACCAACCUCGAAGAUGCAUCCAAAGUCAUGGAGCAUUUUUACACCAGCUGCGCAGCCGCCGGACCUGACCGCUGCGCGUUCCACGCCCCCGACCCAUCUGAUAUCAAGCGAAACCUCACCCGCCUCGCGGACGAACUUCGACGCCGUCCUUUACCUGUGUACACCGAGAAGGAAGGCAGCCGGACGUACUACGGUAUUCUGGACUAUGCCAAGUUCCGAGCGAUAGUCUUCAGUAUACUCUAUAGCCCCUACGGAGGUUUCUCAGCUCUCGCAGAGGUAUUGGCCAAGUUGGCGCAAGGCGAUCCCGAGCCAUUCUUCACACUCCUCGCUGCACCACCGUUCCAAUGCUCUUGCGACCCUUCUGAGGAACUCGAGUUUGCCUCCGUGCGAGAUUCGCUUGUGGCUAUUCUGUGCACGGAUGGUGAGAAAGUACCCGAGAGUUUGGAGGAGUCGCAGGCGUAUUUUGAAGAGUUGAGUGAGAAGUCGGAGUGGGCGGAUGUUUGGGCGUGGGCUCGGUUGAGUUGUUUAGAUCGUCCCGCCAGCGCGAAGAAGAUGUCGAAAGGUUUCAACAACUCUGUCGUCCUAACUCAAGAUUCGCCUGGGCAUUGCUCCUUCAGCGCACCCUCGUUCUGCACGAGCGGGGCCAUCCGCAGGUAUUUCAUCACCGGUAAACUACCCGAGCCUGGUACAGUAUGCAAGCCUGUUGGCACACCCUUCCCAUCCCGACGGCCUCUCGACGGAGGUGGUGUUGGAAGCUUUAAGCAGGUAGAAGGUCACAACCCUGAUCCUCAUGCGCAGUCAGAGGAUAGCAGUAGUCAGAUGCCCGUGCUGGAACGUUGGGAAGGUGAAUUCGAUUUUGUUAUUCCGGGGCAUGAGGACUUGAAGGGCGAGUUGGAUGGAUUUGAAGGUGUGGCCAUGGAUGUGGGGCAGUGGAUGGAGGCGGUUGUGGAGAUUGCUGAGGAGGCGGGGAGGUUUGUUUAUGGGCCUUGGAGGGUCUGA